GCCAGUUGAGCAGGUUUGGUUGUGCUGGGAGGAGAGAGGUCCGACCCAGGACUCACUGACACCACCGCUAGAUAUACCGGGCGACACUGGUCCCCAAACAGUACCCCCCCCGGCAAAAAAACCCCUUCCCCAAAACCCUCUCCUCAUUUCACCCACACCGACCGGAAUGUGGUACUGUCUCCUGACACCGUGCUAACGGCCCGCCGCAGGAAGUGACGUGCAUGUUUCCGGGACUGAGCUGUGAUGAUAUCGCCCUAAGUAUCUGGGGGACACUGUGCACGUCAGUCACGUGGAUUCAUCCCUCGCUUUAUCAUGUGAUCUAAAACCUGGACGAGCCCAUGGGUUCUCCUUGUGUGUCAGCUGUACUUGUAGGAUUGACCAUUGAGCUGUCCACAUGGGUAGCUGGAAAAUGAGCAGAGUAACUUCAUGAUUACAUGACUCUCGACAUGGAUACUGUCCUGUCAGACUUUGUUCGCUCGACGGGGGCAGAGCCUGGACUAGCACGGGACCUGCUUGAAGGAAAAAACUGGGACAUCACUGCAGCACUCAGUGAUUUCGAACAACUCCGCCAGGUGAAUGCUGGGAAUUUACCUUACUCUUUUAAUGAAGGACGAGGGGUCAAAAUGCAGGAAAAGGAACCAUCAAGAGUUGGGCGGUCUGUACAGCAGCGACAGGAUGACCCAGUACCAGAGAAACGGCUGACUCGGGGAAUUUCUCAUGCCAGCUCCACCAUUGUCUCUCUAGCACGUUCCCACAUGUCGAACAAUGGCAGCAACGAGCAUUCGGUGGAUACUCCUAUCUGCACCUUCCAGCUGCCUGAUCUGACUGUUUAUCGCGAAGAUUUCCGGAACUUCAUUGAGAGAGAUUUAAUUGAACAAUCGAUGCUCGUGGCUCUGGAGCAGGCUGGACGUUUAAAUUGGUGGGCAAAUGUUGAUGCCAGCUGCCAGCGCUUGUUACCCCUAGCAACUACUGGUGAUGGGAACUGUCUCCUUCAUGCUGCUUCAUUAGGGAUGUGGGGAUUCCAUGAUCGGGAUCUGAUGUUAAGGAAAUCUCUGUAUUCCAUGAUGGAGAAAGGAGGGGAGAAAGAAGCUUUGAAAAGGAGGUGGAGGUGGCAACAAACGCAACAGAACAAGGAGUCUGGGCUUGUUUACACCGAGGAGGAGUGGCAAAAGGAAUGGGACGAGUUGAUAAAGCUGGCAUCCAGUGAACCGCGCAUUCAUUACGGAACCAAUGGAAGUGGCUGUGGAGGGUAUGUGUGGGCAGUGGGCAGGAGAGGAGGGUACACAUGGGCAGUGGGCAGGAGAGGAGGGUACACAUGGGCAAUGGGCAGGAGAGGAGGGUACACGUGGGCAGUGGCUCAUGUCUGA